AUGAAAAAUAUAUUUUCAAAAAUAAUAAUAUUAUUAAUUGUAUUAAUUUUUAUAAAUGAUUGUUUGUGUAGUAGUGGUAAUUCAAUUACUCCAACACCAGUAUCAACAGGAUCACCAACGACCAAUGAAGUUUUAGUUAGUAUUUAUAGUGAUGGUUUAAAUAGUUCAUUUACUAUAGUUUCAAGUAGUGAAUUACAAGAAGUAAAAACACCAACACAUGGGGGAAGUAAUAGUAGUAUAUCAUUUACCACAGAUUUUUAUAUUUUUAGUAAAACCAAUAGCAUAGCCAAUAUUACAAUAAAUAAACAAUUAUUUAAAACUUUAAGAAUUUGGAUCAAUCCAACCACAUUUCAACAAGAUAUAACCGUUUCUUUAAUUACAUCAGAUAAGGAGAUUCAUGCAAUACCAAUUACCAAUUUAAUAAAUCCAAUUAAUUCAGUAUCACGUUUAUCACAUCUACAACCUAAUAAAUGGACAGAAGUUGAUAUUGAUUUAGAGUUUUUCCCAUCCACUGAUUAUCGUGCAAUUUGGUUCCUUCAAAGACAUCCAAAUGGUUCAGUAAUUUUAGAUGAUAUUGGUUUAGUUGUUAGAGAAACUCCAAGAAAUAGAAGACAAAUUUAUAAAGGUGGAGUUCAAGGUUAUGGCGUUAUCAUUUCUCAAGAAAAAGGUGUUAAACUUUAUCAAAAUGUUAAAACUUAUAAAAAAUCACCAUAUUCAAUCGUUUUCAACAUGAAAAAGUCUAGAGCAUUUUCAAUUGAUUUUCAAUCAACUAUUGACACUCAAACAAAUGAGGAUGAUAUGGAUUUUGUAUUUCAUAUAUUAUCAAAAAAGAAAUUACCAACAACUGGUGGUGAUAUAAUGGUAUCUUUUAUACCAAUUCACCCAUUGGAUGCUGUACCAAGAUUUAACUUAACAGGUAGUAAAACAAAAUCACCUUGUCAAGUUGUAAGUUUACCAGAGAAUAAAUGGAUAAAAUGUGCAAUUAGAAUUCCAAAAUCAAUAGAAUUUAGAAAAAUUCAAUUAUCUUAUUCAAAUUCAAAUCUUUCAACAACCUAUCAUAUUUUCUUGGAUGAUAUUUAUUUUCAAUCACCAGUUACAGGUGAUAAAACUUUAAAUAAUCCUUUACUUUCAAAUAGUUUAUUAGAUUCAUUUAAAAAUUCUGCAUCAUUUCAAGAUACAAUCUCUUUAAGUAAUAAUAAAUUAAAUCAAAUUUUACCAUCUUCUUUACCUAAAAUUGUUUCUUCACCACCAAAAAUUCAACCUGAAAUAAACAAGAAAUCAAUAACAACAACAAAACCAAUUACUACAAAUAAUUCUCAAAAACAAGGUGAAACAAAGAAAUCAAUCCAACAAUUAGAAACAAAUAAUAAUAAAAAAUCAUUUAAAUCAAUUAAAAGUGGAGAACAAUCAAUAUUAAUAGAUGAUAAAGAUUUUAAUAAAAGUGGAAUGAAAUCAAUUGUUGAACAUUUAAAUUUAAAUGAAAAGAAAUCACCAAAAAAUAUAGAGAAAAAAAUAACAAAUGAUGAACCACAACCAACCUAUUUUUCAUUUGAUCAAAUUAAUCCAUUAUUUGUAACCAGUAUUGGUCAAAGUUUAAAAUGGGGCACUGGUUUACCUGAUAUUACUUUCAAAUCACCAAAUGAAAAAUCAAUAAUUAAACCAUCAACAUUAAAUUAUCAAGAUGAUUUUAAUUCUCCAGAUUUCACAUCUCCUUUGGGUAAAGAGCCGGUUAAAAUCUUAUCAAUUGGUGGUAUCACAAGAAAUGAAUUUAAAUUUUUAAAUAUGAAAUUCUCUUUCCCAUUCAAUAAUUUUUAUUUAAUAGUUUCUAUUGAUCCAUAUGAAGAGGUUUGGAUUUCUGCUUCAAAACCAGAUGGUACAGUUACAAAUAAUUGGAAUAUAAUAAAAAAUGGUUUUUUAAUGAAUCAAAACAAUAUUGAUAAAAUUAAUAAUUUACAAUCACCAGCUUUAUCUUCACCUCAAACUCAACAAGUUAAACAGGUUCAGCAACAACAAAAACAACCACAAUCAGAAUCACAGAUACAACAACAACCAAAAUCACAACCACAAUCACAAAUACAACAACAACCAAACUAUCCAGCAAUUGAAUUCUCAAAAGGUGACGAUAUUAAUGAUGCAAUAAUGGAGGUAGUGAAUGGUACUUCAAAUCCAAUUAAAACAAAGAUUAAGGGAGAUCAAGGUUUUUAUUUGAAGGCUGGUAAAUCCUCUGAUAAUACUCCUCCAGUAAAUUUUAUAAUAUUAAAACAAACUGAUAUCAUAUCUGGUAUUAGUUUUUCAAUGGUUUCUGAUCGUAAAACUUCAAGUUUCUUUUAUGCAUUAUUAGCAAAUCCAAAUGAUAAUUCUACUUUACCAACUGCUACACCAACCACAACUACAACUCAAAAAAAAUAA